CAAUAAUUUGCUAUGCCCUCGUCUGCAAAUUUUCGUUAGCUUCCAUGGCGCACCAUUCGCUACUCUUCUUCUCCCUUCUCUUCUCUGGCAUCCUCUCUUCAGUCUCAUGGUCGUAUGAAAAUCUCUUAGAUUCGGCUCGGGAGCCGGAGUUCUUGAACUGGAUGAAGAGCAUCAGGUGGAGGAUCCACCAAUAUCCGGAGAUUGGCUUUGAGGAAUACAAGACCAGCGAGCUCAUUCGAUCCGAGCUCGAUUCCCUCGGCAUUGCAUAUAAGUGGCCUGUCGCCAAGACUGGAGUCGUCGCCUCCAUUGUUGGGAAUAGCGAGGGUCCUCAGUUUGCUCUCCGAGCCGAUAUGGAUGCGCUUCCUCUUCAGGAGCUUGUUGAUUGGGAAUAUAAAAGUAAAGUGGAUGGCAAAAUGCAUGCUUGUGGACAUGAUGCUCAUGUGACAAUGCUCCUUGGUGCAGCCAAGUUGCUUCAACGAAGUUUAAGGAAAGAUAUAAAGGGCACUAUAAAGCUUGUUUUCCAACCCGGAGAAGAGGGCUAUGCUGGUGCUUAUCAUAUGCUGGAAGAAGGUGCUUUGAAUGGCGUAAAAGCCAUUUUUGCCAUUCAUGUUGACCCAGCUUUUCCAAUUGGUACCAUUUCUUCUAGGCCUGGUACUCUUCUUGCAGCAGCGGAUAAUUUUGAGGCAAUAAUUAUUGGGAAAGGUGGGCAUGCUGCAGCACCACACAGAACUGUAGAUCCAAUGUUAGCUGCUUGUUCUGCAAUUCUUAGCCUUCAACAACUUGUAUCUCGAGAAACAGAUCCUCUUGAGAGUAGAGUGGUUUCUGUUGGCUUCAUUAGGGGUGGUGAAGCACAUAAUGUCAUUCCAGAAUCCAUAACAUUCGGAGGAAGCUUUAGGAGUGCGACAACUGAAGGUCUUUACUACCUGCAGAAUCGCAUCCUGGAGGUUAUAAUAGGCCAGGCUGCAGUCCACCGCUGCUCGGCAAAAGUCAAGUUCCUGGAAAGGGCGUUUCCUGCAACUGUUAAUGACGAGGAGUUAUUCAAUCAUGUGAAGAGAGUAGGCGGGAUCUUACUUGGUGAGUCCAAUUUCCAGCUCAGCCCACUCGUCAUGGGCUCCGAAGAUUUCAGCUUCUACGCGCAAAGAAUACCUGCUGCUAUGUUCUCCAUUGGCAUUAGAAAUGAAUCUCUUGGAUCAAUCCACAACCUGCAUUCCCCCUACUUCUUUAUUGAUGAUGAGGUCCUCCCUGCUGGAGCUGCUCUUCAUGCAGCCGUUGCUCUAUCUUAUUUAGAGAAGGAAUAAGGUAUUUUCCCCUAUGUAAAUAUUCUGCCUCUCCUAUUAGGCAAGAACCGUGCACUAAUAAUAUUUUCCUGGAUGUGUGAAGAUGGCUGAAAAAAAA